CCCACCAAAGCUCAAUUUUCCAUAAAUCUGAAAUCAGCUACGCUACUGUGGCACGUCGUAUUAUCACCCCCACGGCGACUUUUGCAACGAAACCAGAGAAACAAGGAGGUUAAGAGAGAAGUCAAGUCAAGAAUGGAGUCCCUGAUCGUGAUUUGGAAUUAAAAACUUGCCCAAAUUGUCCUUUCUCUCUCUAUGCAUAUAUAGAGAGAAUCAGAGUGUUUUCUCUCUCGAAACUGGAGAAAUAUUGAUGGGUACAGUGAUGGAGUCUACAGGGGUUGAGGGUGCAAUUGGGGUGCAAGAUAACUUGGAUAGCAAUGAGAUAGAGCUAACCAAAAUUGGAAUCAUGAGAGACUUCAUCCAAACUCAAAAUCCCUCUGCAAAGGAUGUAGAUGAUUUUAUGAUCAGGAGAUUUCUGCGAGCUCGUGAUCUAGAUAUUGAAAAGGCUUCCAAUCUACUUCUAAAUUACCUAAGCUGGAGGCAAGCAUUUGUUCCCAACGGCUUUAUAUCUACAUCAGAGAUUUCAAAUGAACUUGCCCAAAAAAAGCUUUUUAUGCAAGGACUGGAUAAGAUGGGACGCCCCAUAGUAGUUGCCUUUGGUUCCCAACAUAAACCUAGCAAAGGGAGUCUAGAGGAAUUCAAGCGUUUUGUGGCGUACUCUCUCGACAAAAUUUGUGCAGGAAUGCCGAGAGGACAGGAAAAGUUUGUCUGCAUCGGAGACCUUGAAGGAUGGGGAUAUUCUAAUAGUGACAUUCGCGGACAUCUUGCUGCUCUAUCAAUCUUGCAGGAUUGUUUUCCAGAGAGGCUAGGCAAGUUAUUUAUAGUCCACCCGCCUUACAUGUUUAUGACAGCAUGGAAAGCUGUUUACCCGUUUAUUGACAACAAAACCAAAAAGAAGAUAAUUUUUGUUGAGAACAAAAAAUUGAGACCGACGUUGCUUUGCGACAUUGAUGAGAGCCAACUUCCAGAUACAUAUGGAGGCAAACUACCAUUAGUUCCAAUCCAGGACUCUUGAUAAGCUGAUCCCUGUUGUCUAGAUUUCCUCUUGUAUGGUCUACUAUUACUAACUUAGCUUAAUAGUUAGAUAUGUCACAUUCAUAUAUCAAGCAACAUUGUUCCAUUAUUUGCC